GUUAAUAAAAUAAUUAACAAUUAGGUAAAUAACAGGAAAUUUAAAUAAUUAAAUAAAAAUCCAGCCAGUAGUGGACAACAACUACUACUAUUUGAGUUGAGGAAAAUUUUUCAAUUUUUUCUUUCAUUCAUAACACGUCAACAAUAUUUUAUUACUAGCUAAAAUUGGCAACAUUGCAUUAUAGAAAAGUUGAAGAUUUCUGUAAUUUUGUUUUAAAAAUACGUCAAAUUAAUAGCUGUUUUUCAUAAUAUUUCUCAAAGAAUUUUCUAUAUAAAAAAUUAAUCAUUCAUGAAACCUUUUUUCUAUCCAUUUUUGCAAAAUCUCAAUAAAAUUUCUCUUCGAAAUGAAGGAGAAAUCUGGCAACAUUGUACGUACUCUAACCUCACUUUUAACUUUUUGACAACUUCAUUCAUAAUUUCCAUUCAUUAUUUUUGUUUGCAGCAGCAACAAAUAUUUAAACUUUAAAAGCCCACAAACAAAAUUCAAACAAAAUCAGGACCUUAAUGCUUACCCUCUCAUAAAACCUACACAAAUCAUUAAUUAUGACUUCAAUAAUAAAACUACAAGUCCUCUCGGGGGCUAUGGACGAGUCUCCGCCAGCUUACCUUUUGCAAAUCGACGACGUAAAAAUCCUAUUGGAUUGCGGCUGGGAUGAAAAGUUCAAUAUGGAAUUCAUUAAAGAAGUCAAAAGACACAUUCACCAAAUAGAUGCUGUCCUGAUCUCGUACCCUGACACAAUGCAUUUGGGGGCUUUGCCCUAUUUAGUGGGCAAACUAGGGCUGAAUUGUCCGAUUUAUUCAACGAUUCCUAUUUAUAAGAUGGGUCAAAUGUUCAUGUACGAAUUGUAUCAGUCACAAAUGAACAUGAAGUCUUUUAUGUUGUUUAAUUUGGACGAUGUUGAUGCUACAUUUGAGAAAAUUAUACAGCUGAAGUAUAAUCAGAGUGUGCCUUUGAAAGGAAAAGGUUACGGUCUCACGAUAACUCCUUUACCAGCAGGCCACAUGAUUGGCGGAACAAUAUGGAAAAUAAUGAAAGCAGGCGAAGAAGAUAUCAUAUACGCUAACUCAUUCAACCACAAAAAAGAGAGGCACUUGAACGGUUGCGAAUUGGAAAAAUUGCAAAGGCCUUCUUUGUUUAUUACUGAUGCUUUCAAUGCCAGUUAUCAACAGGCCAGACGUAGAGCCAGAGAUGAGAAAUUGAUGACAAACAUUUUACAAACUCUUAGAAAUAGCGGUAACGUUCUAAUAGCAGUAGACACUGCCGGCAGGGUAUUGGAAUUGGCCCACAUGUUGGAUCAGUUGUGGAGAAAUAAGGAAUCAGGGCUUUUAACAUAUUCUCUAGCACUUAUAAGCAAUGUAGCUUACAAUGUUGUCGAGUUUGCCAAAUCGCAAAUAGAGUGGAUGAGCGACAAGCUAAUGAGAAGUUUUGAGGGUGCGAGGAACAAUCCGUUUCAAUUUAAACAUUUAAAUUUGUGCCACAGCUUACAGGAAUUAAAUAAAGUUCCCAGCCCAAAGGUAGUUUUGGCUACUAGCCCUGACUUGGAAAUGGGUUUUGCUAGGGAACUAUUUUUGCAAUGGUGUUCGAAUUCAAAUAAUAGUGUAAUUAUUAGUACAAGAACAUCUCCAGGAACUUUGGCCAGGGAUUUAAUUGAUAACAACGAACCGGGACGAUCAAUUGAUUUAAUUGUCGAAAGAAGAGUGAAACUCGAAGGUCAAGAAUUGGAAGAGUACGAGAAAAGACAGCAAAUGACUAAAGUUGAAAAAACAACCAAAGAAGACGACUCUGACUCUGAAAGCGACAUAGAAAUGUCGGUAAUAUCCAAAGGCAGGCACGAUAUUGUUGUGAAACAAGAAGGCAAAGUGGGUGGAGGUUUUUUUAAAGUGACCAAAAAGCAUCAUCCAAUGUAUCCUUUUAAAGAAGAAAAAAUCAAAUGUGACGAAUAUGGUGAAAUCAUAAGAGUAGAAGACUACAAAUUGGCUGACAUUACUCCAGAAGUUGAAGACAAUAAAGAAAAUCUUCAAAUUAAAGUGGAAGAUGUUGAUGAAAUCAUUGAAGUUACCGAUCUUCCUUCAAAAUGUAUAGCCCUAGAGCGUACAGUCCAAGUCAAUUGCCAAGUGCAGUAUAUAGAUUUCGAAGGCCGAUCAGAUGGAGAGUCUUUAAUCAAGAUUUUGUCACAAUUGAAACCUAGAAGAGUAAUAGUUGUCCAUGGAACACCAGAAAACACUGAAAUAAUUGCAAAACAUUGCCGAGAAAACAUUGGAGCUAGAGUGUUUACACCGCAAAGAGGCGAAAUUGUUGAUGCUACAAGUGAAACACAUAUUUAUCAGGUUCGAUUAACUGAUGCUUUAGUAUCCCAAUUACAAUUCCAAAAAGCCAAAGAAGCAGAAGUGGCUUUUGUUAAUGCUAAUUUACAAAUUAGAGAGUCCCAAGCUGAUGCUAGAAGAUUGGAUGCUGAUGAUGAACCAAUGGAAGUUAUAGAAGAAGAUGCCCAUCAGCUUACAUUGGAACCGUGCAACGAAGAUUAUUCAAGGGAACCAGUUUUCAUUAACGAAUUGAAAUUGUCAGAUUUCAAGAAGGUUUUGGCCAAAGCUAAUGUGCCUUCGGAAUUUUCCGGUGGGGUUUUGUGCUGUUGCAAUGGUACAAUUGCUGUAAGAAAGCUUGAUACUGGCAAAAUUGUUUUGGAAGGUUGCAUUUCUGAAGACUAUUAUAAGAUUAAAGGUCUUUUGUAUGAACAAUUUGCUAUUUUAUAAGUUUUUUUUUUUGUAUAUUUAAGUAUUAGGACUUUAUUUUUUAAAUGUUGCGUAUAAUUUUUCGUCUUUUCAGUUCGCCUCAAUGGCUUUUUAGUUGUAAUUCUUUAGUUUAAGUGAAUAAAUCUAUUUUUGUUUCAAGUAA